AUGGCCUACACUCCUACCUCUGUCCGCGAGGUGCGAUCCCCUCCUCCUCCCGAGUCUGAGCCACACUCAUCCAGCCAGCUGCCAGAGCUCCUUGACGACCGCCGUGUCAAGAACAUUCGUCCCCUCAUCCCCCCCCAGAUCCUUGUUGAGGAGCUUCCCCUCACCCUUCGCGGCGCCCAGACCGUCCUCGACGGCCGCAGGCAGGUCGAGGCCAUUGUCAAGGGCGACGAUGACCGUCUUCUUGUCGUUGUCGGCCCCUGCUCGGUGCACGACCCCGCCCAGGCCAUUGUCUACGCCAAGGAGCUGGCCAAGUACGCUGAGGAGGCCAAGGAGGACCUCUUGAUCGUCAUGCGCGUCUACUUUGAGAAGCCCCGCACCACCGUCGGCUGGAAGGGUCUCAUCAACGACCCCGACAUGAACGGCACCUUCCAGAUCAACCGUGGCCUCAAGAUGGCCCGCAAGCUCAUGCUCGACAUCACCGAGCUUGGUCUGCCCACUGCGGGCGAGUUCCUCGAUGUCAUCUCGCCCCAGUUCCUCGCCGACCUGUCGUCGUGGGGUGCCAUCGGUGCGCGCACCACCGAGUCGCAGGUCCACCGUGAGCUCGCCUCGGCUCUGUCCAUGUCGGUCGGCUUCAAGAACGGCACUGACGGCUCGAUCGACAUUGCCCUCGACGCCAUCAAGGCCGCUGCUGCCGGCCACACCUUCCUGUCGGUCACCAAGCAGGGUAUCUCUGCCAUUGUCGAGACCAACGGCAACAACAGCACCCACGUGAUCCUGCGCGGCUCGACCAAGGGCCCCAACUAUGCCGCCGAGCACGUUCUCGCCACUGGCCAGAAGCUCUCCAAGGCCGGCCUGAACCCGCGCGUCAUGAUCGACUGCUCGCACGGCAACAGCUCGAAGCAGCACGUCAAGCAGAUCGAGGUCGGCAACGACAUUGCCUCGCAGCUGGCGUCCAACGAGGCCAACGCCAACAUGAUCAUGGGCGUCAUGAUCGAGUCCAACAUCAACGAGGGCAACCAGAAGAUCCCCGUCGAGGGCCCUGCCGCCCUCAAGUACGGCGUGUCCAUCACCGACGCGUGCAUCUCGCUCGAGCAGACCGUCCCUGUCCUCGACGCGCUGCGUGCCGGUAUCCGCGCUCGUCGCCAGAACAACCGCAACAAGCACUCGUCCGCCUAA